AGCCCUCAUACAAUGGUGGCCAGUGGAGAGCCGUGGUUCUAAGGAAAACGUGUCCUGCAAUUUAAGUCCUACUUCCCGGGAUGUGCCACCUCCUCGUUGAAUGACCGUCUAAUAAUGCCGAGUCAGUGUGGGACUGGCGAUGCCAACGGCGCGGUGAAAGAGGAGGGGACCAGUGCGUCGGUGGCUAAUAAUAAGUCAGCGGGAGUGCAAGUGACAAAUGGGGUCGGGAAUUUGUUCAGUGCGCAUUACAGAUGUGAAUAGAGAGGACGCAUGAGUUGUUAGUACUGGCUUCCAAAGACUCAUGGACUACUGGGAAAGGGAAGCGGUGUUAUAAAUGCAUGGAACUGAACAGGGAAAGCGGAUUUGAGCGGUUUUAAGGAGGUUUAAGCAGUUUUGUUAUAGGGGAAUAAAUCCUUCAAAGCCCGGGACCCUGAUGCCGCUGCAGGGGUGAAAGGGAUGAGCUACGAGGCGUUAACGUUUGGGGUUCGGGAGUAGGGGUUCUGUUGUAGAGGUCACUGGCGAAAGUAAAAACCCUUCAGUUUCCGUGUGCGGUUCGAACAGGAAUGGAUGCCAGGACGGAUCAGAUCACGGCAGGGAACUGCUAUGUGAUUUUGACCAAAGCCAAAAAGCAAAGGCUAAAUGAAUUGCAGGAGGCGGCAUAUAAAUUCAUGAGUGACAAUUUCUUGGAAAUACUAAGAGAUCCAAAUGUUUACGGACGCCUGACUGGACACGAACGGGAUCUGAUCCUGAAAAAAAGAUUGGAAGGGCACCCGACUUUAAUGGUGGCCGAAAUAAACGACGCUUACGAGCGGGUUGGAAGUAGACCUCCGAGCCGGGACAGCAGUCGUCCUCAAAGUCCGUUGUCCAUAGUGUCCUGCGAAGAAAAUCGUAUGAUAUAUUAUUACAACGAGGCUGCCAAAGACUGGAAAUCACUCACUCAGAUGCCGGACCAGAUCAGCACGAAAGGCUGCGGCAUUUGCACCCUGUACAAUUAUUUAUUCGUGGCAGGUGGUAUAAGAAACGACAAAGGUAAGCAGUCCGAUAAGGUUUUCUGCUAUAAUCCAUCCACGGAUAGAUGGAGCGAAAUAAGACCAUUCAACCAGCCGCGAUCGCAGCUCAAACUAGUGUCCAUGGACGGAUACCUGUACGCCAUAGGCGGGGAGUGCCUGUUUAGCGUGGAGAAAUACGACCCUCGUACGGACAGAUGGGCUCCGGUGGCUCCUUUGCCAAAAGGGGCGUUUGCCGUGGCUCACGAAGCAACCACAUGCAACGGAGAGAUAUACGUGUCAGGGGGAUCUCUCUUUUACCGGUUGCUGAAAUACGACCCCAGGAGGGACGAGUGGCAGGAAUGCGCCUAUAAUAACAGCAGGAAGAAAUCCACGGACAUGGUGGCGUUUAAAAAUUACAUUUACAGGUUUGACAUUAACCGCGAUCGCGGCAUUAGCGUGUUCAGGUACAACACCGUGGUCAAAAUGUGGCACGAAGGCGCUGCCCUGCAGCAGAGCGAGCCGCCGCCUUUCCGCUGCGCCCUCAUCGGUAACUGCGUCUACUGUGUGAACCGCUGCCAAACUCUGCAGUGUCUGCUGGAGGAGGACGGUACCCGAUUCGUACAAGAUCCUCUGAAAGCCCCGCCAGGGACCAAGGGCGUCCUCCUGCCGUUUGUUCUAAUCUUACCCGAAAAGUGAAGCAAAGGGAUUCGCACAGCUAUAUGUGUUAGCAAGAAGACGCAAGCGCAUAGACACAAGCUGAUUAAAUGAACCCAUUUGUUAAGUGCAUUAUCGGUAUAUUAAGUUUGAAGUGCUUUAUUACAGUUGACGAAACAGGCGAUGUCUUCCUUUGCAUGCUGGACAGAAAAAUAUAAACACCUAUAUGCCUCUAGCCUAAAUAAGUAUUUUUUCCCCUCCGUGGUAAGGUACAAAUUGUGAGCAGUCCAACAACAGCAGCUUAUUAGCAUUUUCUUGUUGAUCUUUAUGAAAUUUUGCCAAUGUCUUUAAAUAUUGUGAAAAGAGAAGUUUACAGUGUUCAUACCAGAGCGUUAAAUGUGCUGUGGCGUAGAAAACGUGUCUGUGCAAGGCAGUACACAUCAAGAAAAGCAGCAAAGCAAAAAAAAUGUUUUAAAUGUCUUCUUGUUUGUACUUUCUGUAAUGUAAUCUUAAGGGAUGUAACAUGUAAUGCCUUGUGACUAAAGAUCGGAAGAGGAAGUGAUGCAUUUUGCACAAUUUAAGAAAGACCGCAGAGUAUUUCGUGCAUCUCGGUCACUGUGUUUUCUCUCGGCAAAGUAGAAUGUAGACAAAAAUGUUGUUAUAACGUUGAAUGUAUAUAGACAAAAAGCAAAAAACAGAGAAACAGCUGAGAUGUGUGAUAUAAUAUUCAGUAGGACGCUUUUGCCUCAGAAUGCUGUUCGGAGACUGUUUGAAAACUGUGACCAAAGGAAAAUCUCACUCUGGAGCUCGACACUACGGCAGCUGAGGUUUUCAAAGAUGCUGACUCACGCAGUGCCCUUCGUUUGAAAGGUUGCCAGUCCAACCGUUAUGCUAGAUUUUCUGCACACCUAUUCUAAGGACCGUUUCUUUGUUUUUAAGCCAUAUCUUAAAAACAAGAGAUUAUGCAAUAUCUCGAGUGAUACCUUGAGGACAGUUGCUGAAAUUCAAUGAUGCAAUUGAUGACUGUUACUGUGGGACCACCUUUACAAAUGUCAUGGGGGUUGGGACAUGAUUUGCAUGCAUUUCACCACACUGCUGCACUUCUCUGUAUGUCACCAUCAUCGUCAUCCGUACACCCCGCUCUUUUUGGAACAUUCUUCCACCCCACUGACCCCCAAGGAUGGCCAUUUUACAGUUUCAUCUGUUGCCUUUUUGCAUCACCUUCGAGCGGUAGUUGAAGCAAGUUAAUUUCCCAAUGCGUAUUCAUCUUUUGCCAACUUGCAAAAUACAUUCCCGUGCCUGUCUUCACUCUGUGUCGUUUUGCGAAAGUUCAUCUAGUCACACAGUCAGAAAAACACAUUUCAGCACAGUGUUCCUUCAUUGUAACCUCUCCAAUCCCUUUACGGAGCUGUUUGACUUCAUUGACACUUGCUGUCUUCACUCAUAUUUUUCUGUCUGUGUUCACUUACUUUUAUUUUUAACAGCAUUAAACAUUAUUGAUUCCAAGGCAUUCCAUGGUGAUGUCAUCUGGAAUACGGGCAGAAAACUUACCCCAGUGAUAUACACAUCUGUGCAGUGCCAUUCUCCUUGUUUUUUAGAGGCUUUUCUAUAGAUACUUUUCUAUAUGGUUAAUCAAGUCUGUGAUUUGCCAGUACCUUUGUCCUCAAAGCUGGCAGUUAAAUGCUGCAUUGUAACCUGCAUUCCAUAAUGAAUCGAGGGGAGUCUGAAAGAGCCCAUUUACACGGUUUGUUAGCGAAGCUGCUUUGCGAAUGGAGUCUGGACUUGGUUUUCACCUGUAGCUGAGCUGUUAGCUUUGCUGUCAGAGUGUAACACAGUCAACAGGAGUCACACACGUCCUGCUCUAAGCUGCGUUCUCGUUAAUAUGUGUUAAGUAUGUUUUAGUAUGGGUUAAGAUAACUAGCAAAAUACUAUGAUGAGUGAUAACUUACUGCUUGGCUUCUGUCAUUAAGUUCUGUAGCACUUACCACAUAUGACUGAAAUAAAAAUGUAUAAUUUUGGUUGAGGCUA